AUGUUGAACAAUCACACACGAUGCAAUAAGGUCGUCGAAUACCUCCUCAAGAUCUGCGAAGAUUGCCUCCGACGCCUGGAAAUAAUUUCAGGUGCAGUAGGCUUGGAACGCGAGCUAAGUGAGACACUAAAAGAACUGGGGAUUGAGUCGCCAUUACUCUGCCAAAUAAGUGGUGUUGACAUUGGGAACUCUGCGGAACAAGCCCAUAGAAAUGACGAUCGGUGUGAGGGACUGGCCAAACAACAGUCUCGACCGACAGUAGAAUUACCCUCUUUCAUUACUCAAUCCCACGCGCCCGCUGCCGCCAACAACAGACAGAUACUGUCUCAGUUCAGCCAGCCUCCGCAGAACGCCAUCUCGGACCCAAACCAACCGUGGGGAAUGAACCCUCAGAUAAAACAGGGCCAGUUAGAAUUCAUCAACUGUUCUUUGGGCUCAAGUCCUUUUGGGGCGAUGAAAGGAUACUCGGCACCCCCGUCCCAGCCUCCGAUCGCUCGGCAAUCCACUGGCAGCAUGCCGUUUGUCCCUCUGAAUCAAGGGUUUGCUCGUCCAAAACACUUCGGGGAACUCUCGAAACCCCCGAGCAGCCAAUUCGAUAUUGGGGAGCUUUGGACAGAGGAGGACAUUGAGGGCUUCUUGUGA